AACCCCCCUCCUCUUCCCCCUAACCCCCUUCAACUACACCAUCACCUAAACCAAAAACAAACGGACGAACCAAUUACCCCCUCCAACUCCUCCAAACUCCUCUUCUCUCUCUUGUGUAUAUAUAGAGGACACCGGCAACAACCGCUUAGAUGCACAAGAACCAAAGAAAACAAAGCUAACCCUGAAGAACUAGAGGAGAAGAAAGGGAGACAGGUUUUCAAAUGGAAGGAGUAGGAGUUGGAGAAGAUUAUAGGAGAGUGAAAGGGUCGUGGAGGCCAGAGGAGGAUGCGAAGCUGAGGGAGCUGGUGGAGAGACAUGGACCCCGGAAUUGGAGCUUGAUAAGCAACGGGAUACAGGGACGUACGGGCAAGUCGUGCAGGCUGCGGUGGUGCAACCAGCUCAGCCCCGACAUCCACCACCGGCCCUUCACCGCGGCCGAGGACGCCAUCAUCGUAGCCGCCCACGCCCGCUACGGCAACCGAUGGGCCGCCAUCGCUCGCCUCCUUCCCGGCCGCACGGACAACGCCGUCAAGAACCACUGGAAUUCCACCCUCCGCCGCCGCCGCCUCCGCGGCGAGAAGCCGUUCUCCCCUGCCGACGCCGAAGCGGCCGACGCCUCGGGCGGCGGCGGCGGCGGCGGCGUAGGCUCGUCGGUGGUUGACGAAUCUGACUCGGAGUCGGUGCAGAAGCGGCAGUGUCGGAGGGAGGAUAACGGUGGUUUGGUGGAGGUGGCGGCGGCGGGGCCUGCGACGGCGCUGUCGCUGAGGCCGCCGGGGGAGGGGGGCCACGAGCGGCGCAGCGACGUGGAGGCGAGCGUGGUGGCGGUGAUGCGGCAGAUGAUCGCCGAGGAGGUGAGGUGUUAUGUUGAUGGAUUGCGAUCGGACGGUGAUGGUGCCGUCUCUUUCUCCAUGCAGUCCGAGUCAGCAUCCAGCCACUAAGGUUUUUUUUUUUUAUUUAUUUAUAGAAAGAAGUUGGGGUUGGGUACUUGGGUGGUAAAAAAAUACAUCGUAUUGAGACAUAUGCUUGUGGGGUAUCAUAUUUGAUGAUUGUCCAUCUUUUAAUAACGGCCAUCCAUUAAUCACCGUAGAAGAUCCAUAUUUGAAUAAUAACCACCACUAAAUUGGAUUCA